AUGAUCCCCUCAUCGCCCAAUUUCCUAUCAUCAUUCGACCCUGCCCUCCACCUUCACUCCGAAGACCUCGGCAACGCGCCUAACCCUCCCUCCGAAUCAUUCUCCGACGAUCUCGACGCAAUCCACUUCCAGCGCCGCGAGCAAACCCGCAAUAAAGUUGUGAUUCAGCACCGAGCUUGGAAUUUGUCGGAUGUUUUUCGAAGUGACGACGAUAUAAGACCUGAUACUCCGACGAAAGCGUUCGAAGCAAACCCACGGAACAUUUCUAGAACGCCUACUCGCACAUAUUCAUACCUGGCGUCCUCACCUCCCUUAACAAACAUGCCGUUCAUAUCGUCACCUGCGCCUGCGACGUUGGCCAAUUCGGACGGAAAUGCGCAGAAAAGAAAAGCGCCCGAAGCCAGAGAGACAUCGACGCCGACAGAGCCCAAGCGGCAAAAGUUUGUCGGUGGAUUCGUUGACGAUGACGAUGACGAAGAGGACGAUCUCGGUGCGCUUGGAGACCAACAAUUCGAGCUGCAGGAAUACCCCGAGCCAGAUCCGUCUGAACUUACUGCGAUUCUGGAGCGGUCGCAGCUCCCAGUCCCGUCUCAACAAGAUGAGACCACGCACACAGCUUCAAAUACUCAAUCAGAACUGGUCUCUCGACCCACACCUGGCGCAACUAAGAGGUUGUUCCAAAUCAAGACAUGUACCGGCAAGACGCACCAUAUUCCUCUACGAAGGGCCCAGGCUCCGGUCUCUUAUGAGCAAAUGAUUGCUAGUCGGUCUGAGGCAGACCCGGGCCGAGCGAGGAAGAGCUACUAUGGAAUUGAAAUUCAUAAAUUGCUGGAUGAUGCGGCGAAAGAAACAAAAGUUAAGGCCUCUGAGCCGUCUCCGCCACCUCCAGUACAGGUAUCAAUAGAGAAGAAUGAAGGUGAUGCUAAGCAGAAAAAGAUGGAUUCUAUGAUGUGGACAGAGAAGUACCGCGCUCGCAAAUUCACGGACUUGAUUGGAGACGAACGCACACAUCGCCAGGUCCUCCGCUGGUUGAAGGGCUGGGACUCAAUUGUCUAUCCUGGCUUGUCCCGGUCUCAGAAGAAAAAGCCUGGGCAAGAGAAUGAGGAAGAGCGUGUGCAUCGGAAGGUCCUCUUGCUCAGUGGUCCCCCUGGAUUGGGAAAGACCACCCUAGCCCAUGUUUGUGCCAAACAAGCAGGCUAUGAAGUCCUCGAGAUCAACGCGAGUGACGAAAGAAGCAAGGACGUGGUAAAGGGCCGCAUUCGAGAUGCCCUGGCAACAGAGAACGUUAAGGGUGCUAAUGUUGAGGUCGGCGAGAACAAGGUCCGCCGGGCCGCAAAGCCUGUCUGCGUUAUUGUCGACGAAGUUGAUGGAGUUGUUGGAGGUGCUGGAAGCGGUGGCGAGGGUGGUUUCAUGAAGGCCCUCAUCGAUCUGGUGAUGCUCGACCAACGGAACUCAAAGCAAGCAGAGAAUGGUGGGAACAACGGCAAGAAGCGCAAGGGCGACACUUUCCGGUUCCUUCGACCUUUGAUUCUGAUUUGCAAUGAUUUAUACGCCUCAAGUCUUCGUCCUCUAAGAACUUCAUCCAUUGCGGAGAUGAUCAAUUGCCGACAAGCUACGUUGGAAAACGUCGUCAAUCGAGUGAAGAUCAUCUUUACCCGGGAGGGGAUCGCCGCAGAUGGUGAUGGAGCUCGAAGACUAUGCGAAGCUGCGUGGGGAAUGGCAAGCAAAAAGCAACGCGGAUCUAAGAGCUCUGGGUCUGCUGAGGGCGAUAUCAGAAGUGUACUCGUUGCUGCAGAGUGGGUGGCACAUAAGCUCCGGAAUGAGGGCUCGUCUACGCGACUCAGCCGGAACUGGCUAGAAACUCGAGUCCUCAACGCUUCGACAGAAGGCGGCUCUUUUUUUAAGGAGAUGAGUCGCGGAGGUGUACGUGAGAUCGUGAACCGCGUCUUUACCGAAGGCGCUGGCUUUUCUGACUCUCCCGUUGGCAUGACCUCUUUCCAAGACAAAUACGACAGCUCCAAUUCCAAGGUACCAGUAGGCGUGACUGACCUGCGAAAACGGCAUGCCAUCAACCGUCUUAGGGAGAUGGUGGAUGCCAGUGGGGAUCAUGACCGAUGUGUCACCGACUGUUUUGCCGCGUAUCCCAUUCAGCAGUACCAGGACGAUACAUUCCUCUCGAAACCCUGCGACGCAUACGACUGGCUCCACUUCCAUGAUUCGAUUUCCAACAAAGUCCAUGCAUCUCAGGAAUGGGAAUUGGCCCCGUACCUAAGCCAGUCCGUUGUCGCCUUCCACCAUCUUUUCGCUACAGCCCACGGCAAGAUCGAAGCUGCUGAUCACAAAGAUGGAGACGAAGAAACCGAAGAAGAACACCCAUUCUCCGGGCCCAGAGCAGAAUUCGCUGCAUUCGAAGCACAAAAAGAAAACCGAGCAAUUCUUACCGGAUUCCACUCGUCUCUAUCCGCUCCUAUGUCCCGCAUGUUCCGCUCGACGGAGAGCGUCGUCACCGAUCUACUUCCGCACCUAGUCCGCAUGCUAUCACCAGACGUCAAGCCCGUUAUCGUGCGCACCGGUGGCGAUAACCGAAGCACAGCGAGCGUGCGCAAAGAAUCCGAGCGUAUCCUAGUCCAAUCGGCCGUACGCGUCAUGGUCGGAAUGGGUGUAACAUUUGAGAAAGUCCGAGUGGAGCACGAAGGUGGAGGCCACGGCGGAUGGGCCUACAGAAUGGAGCCACCGAUCGACUCGCUCGUCGCAUUCUCAAAGCUGAGUACAUCUGGCUCCUCAAGUGCCAAUGUCCCCGUUCGAUAUGCGGUUCGCUCGGUCUUGGACCAAGAGUUCCGGAAAGAGGGCACACGCAAACAAUUCGAUGCGCGGGACGCCGUUACGGCGAAGGCGUUCCUUGGUAAAUCGCCCAAGUCGGACGCGGCUAGGGCUAUUAAAGACGGCCUUGCUAAGCGGGACUUCUUCGGACGGGUUAUUGAAGAACCUGUUCGCGAGGCCGGGGAUACUGAUGGGCCUAACCCGUCGGAUGAGACCUCUAAGGCUGGGAGGAAGGUGUGGGUUACAUACCAUGAAGGAUUCUCGAAUGCGGUCCGCAAACCUAUUUCGAUGGGAGAGUUGUUGACUGGGUUGUAA